UUCCGCUUUGAUUCCGAACAUAAACAUUUCAUGGUAAACUUAGGUCAGAGCUCAAAGACUGAGGACUGCAGCUGUUUCUCCAGCUGACACCCUUCCAGCAGCCAGCAGGCCAGCUCUGUCCGGCUCAGGUCCAACUCUCUGCAUGCGGCCCUAGGAGCAGCGAGAGGCGGGUUUCUGCCGCGAUCCUCCGCGGAUGGUGCGGUGCGGUGCGGGGUGGAUCAUCCGGAGAGGCCGUGGCAGACAUUUUAUCCACGGUCUUCAGGAGCCCGAAAACUCUGCCGGGGACAUCCGAGGACAAGACUGUAACGCUAAGACCUUUGAGGCUGUGAAAUGUGAAAAAAAGCUCCAGUUUUUCACCCUCAGCAGAAGUUGCUCGAUCUGAAGCUGUGUCCACAUCCUGACACCUCCCUGACUCGGGCAUGCCUCAGCCGGGUAUGAAUGGGAUGGAGCCUGCAUUUGGCGAGGCCUACGGGGGCCACAGGGGACUGCUUAGCCCCUGCCCGCUGGCCAUGUCGCCACAGGGGGGCAGGACAGAGUACGAUCAGAGUGUACUCCUGAUGCUGGGCUCCCCAGCAUCACCAAGGAAACGACCCUUCGAGCUGCUGAGUGACCUCGUGGACGACGGAGGGUUUGGCGAGGACCAGCAUCCGGAGCGUUGGGACGUGUCCGCGCUAGAUGAGAUGGCUCGCUACACUAAACUAGGCCUUGGAGUUGGAGGGGAGCUACUGGCCUGCUCAGAGGAGGACAUCCUGAUGGGCCGCUGGGGGCGGAGCUGGGAGGAGCAGGAGCAGGAGGAGCAGUGGAAGAGGAGGGACAGGUGCGCAGCCCCCCCCAUAACCCAGGAAGUCAAGGUCACAGCUGUGGGGAAGGAGGAGGCACAUAGCUCUGUUACCAUAGCAACACAGAGGGAGUUGUGUGCUGCAGGAAAAGCGAUUGGAGUUGUACAGGACGAUGAGGUGUCAAGGGAGUCCACAGUGGAGGUCUAUCAGGUGGAGGAGGAGCCCGAAGGACAGGAGGCGGUGGCAGCAGCAGGGCUGGUUCUGGAGCACUGCAGCGAGGAGCACAACUACUCUCUGGGCCAGGGAGGGGAGAAGGCUGCAAGGACCGCCCAUAACUCCGAGCCUGAGGAGGCGCAAGAGGUCGACGUUCAGCAAGAGGUCCAAGGCAGCGAGGACAGCCAGGCUAACACCGAGCUGGAAGAGGAGGAGGACGAUGAAGAGGAAGAGGAAGAAGAGGAGGGAGCAGAGGAAACAGCAGUGGAGGCUGAGCUUUCCAGCUCCUCAGAAACUGAAUGUGAGGUGGAGCCUGAGCCAGCCAGACAACCAGGCGAGCGCCCCGCUAAGCGUCGCUGUUUCUGGGAGUACCGGCGCUCUCGAGAGUCGGCCACUAAGAAGAAGCUGGGCAGCAAUGUCCACUGGUCCCUGUCCUGGAGCUCCAGCACCCUCCCCAGCACCCUGUACCGCCGAGAGGGUAAGAAAGGGCGCCGUAAAGCCCGCAAAACAGACGCCAGCGACCUGACCCCCAACCCUCAGAAGCUCCAUAACAUCGGAGAGCAGCUGCAGAAGCUCAACGCUGCCAUUAAGGGGAUGGGUCCGGUCAACGACCUGCCGGCCGUAGCUCGAGCCCGAUCCCGCAAGGAGAAGAACAAGCUGGCCUCCAGGGCCUGCCGGCUGAAGAAGAAGGCCCAACAUGAAGCCAACAAGAUCAAGCUGUGGGGGCUCAACCAGGAAUAUGAAAACCUUUUGGGGGCCUUGCUACGGAUUAAAGAGGUGAUCCGCCGGCGGGUGGAGAGCAGUGAGGAGGAAGAUGGAGACGAACGUGGGAUGACCCAACGUCUUGAAGACAUCCUUAAAGAGUCCAGCGGUCCCUUAGUCGCUGGGCGGACCAAAGACUUUGUGCAAAGGAUUCUGGAUGCCAGCGCGAGUGGUCAGAACCAGCGGAAGGAGACUGUGCAGACCGGAGGUCAGACCACGGGUUAAACCACCCAGCACCUGUCGGCUCUCCCAUCCCAGCACCACCUACCUACCUGGCCAAGCUUUCUACACCUCAGCUGCUCUCCCGUCGUGCACAUCAGAGCGAGAGCGUGAGCGGAAGUCAGUGCGGGAGCAGGUUUCCGCCCUGCUCCUGCUUCCCUACCGUCGGAUCUCCUUCAACAGCAGCCGUGUUCAGCACCCUGUCGCUGCAGGCUGCACCACAAACACCACCAGGCUAGAGCUGCUGCUGAUGUCUCUACUGUGUUCAGUCCGUGUGUGUGUGUGUGUGUGUGUGUGUGUGUGUGCGUGUGCGUGUGUGUGUGCGUAACAUACUGUAUGAGAGUGUAUAGUGCUCCUCCUCCCCUCUGUGCUGUAUUGUAUCCCAUCGUGCCUAUGAAUAGACAUUGCACUGUUUUGUAGAUGGUUGUAGUUGUUGGCAGGGGCCCGGUAGUGAGCCGAGGGCGAGGGGGCAUCUGAGGACAGAGGAAGUUUUAAAAACAAGAAAGAGGGAGGAGCCCGGUGUGGGAAAACAAAGAAGUAGAUGUGUUCUCUCCUUCCUCCAGGCUCCCAUGCAGUCGCUGCAUCGGGCGCCGUCCUGCGUGUUAAAACACGAGACCCGCCCGAUGAGCGACUCACAGUAAACGGACACAAAGGCCCGUUUGUUAAAGAAGCCUAAACCCUCUCCCCCCGGUUUCUUUCUGAUCAUCUCCACCCAUCAAAAUGAAACCAAGGCGUAAAAACGAAAGUGAAAACGGCACCUUAGACCGAACUGACCAAAGACAAGCGAACUACUGUAACACUCCAAAAUCACCACCGCCUAUGUUAAAGAAAAAGAAACAAAAAAACCUUUGAUUGUUGUCAUGGUUGCUGUAACUACAGUAUCACCGUGCAGCUGAGGGGAAGCCUGAAACUCUGACAGUUUUUCUGCUUUGGCUUCAAUGUAUGGAGUUAAUUUUGUUCCAUUGUUGUUGCAAGCAGAGAAAAUAUUUUGUAAAUUGAAAUUUGAAAGAAAAUUAAAAGCAGAAAUGAAACUUUGAAAAACGUUGGUUUUGAAAGUAACUUUGCUGUCUCUCAGAUGUUUCUUUUCAAAUUUAUGUUUCAGAUUUUUUUUUUUUUUGCACA